UUGGAGUAAGGGAAGAGCGGAUCGAAGACCCUCUUAGAUAGUCCAGCAGAAUCUAGCUAGACCUCGAUUCUUCGUUGAGAACUAUAGAAAGAAGAACAACAUUAAAAAGUGCUGUAAUAAAGUAUGUUGGAUUCGGAUGCUCGAAUCACUAACGAGUCCAUUAGUUCAUUUUAAACCAACCAGGCGACGUUAUUUCGUGUUUUCGUAUUUGAUUCAUCACUAUUUUAACAAGAAUGGGACUAAAGAAGGACACAUUGCUAAGAUGGGUAAACUGUUGUUCAGAUGCCAGCACAACCAUUGAGAGAAUAAAAAAUUUAGCUGAUGGAUUGUUUUUUAUCCACAUUCUGAACUUUUUUGGAAGCAGCCCAACAGAUGAUACUGAUCCUUGGCAUCAAACCAUAAACAUUUUAAGAGAACACAAAUUGCAAGAAAAUGUUGUUGAUUUUGAUGCAGCUGCAUCUGGAAAUGAAGAUGAACUGGCAAAACUCAUUGUCAUUAUCAUGCAUCUUACCAUGGUACAAAAACCACGUGAAAAUAUCAAAGAGAGGACUAUGUGGAAACUCUCUACAGAAGAUCAAAAAGUCAUUGAAGCUAUUCUUCUUGAUAUUGUCAAUGAUGAUCAAAUAACGAGAAACAGAUUAAUAGAUGUGUUACAAGAUAACUUGCAAGAGAGCAGUUUUACCAAGUCUUCCAUGUUCUGUGUAUCUUCUUCACUUUCAUCACUUUCUUCAAAGAGAAGUUCUCCACUAAGGCUAUUCCUUGAUUCCCCUAUGGAGCUUCGUUUAACACGUUUGCGUAAAGAGAUUAGUGAUAAAAACGAAGAAAUCCGCCGCCUCCAAUCGGAACUCAUGACAGAAUCAGACGAAUCAUUUGCACUCAGUUUGCGAAUGGAUGAUUUGAAACGAAAAGUAAAGGACCUGGAAAAAAAGAACACCGAGCUUGAACAGAGGUUGCGUGAUGUCCAACUUCCUGAAUCUUCCAGUCCCGAUACCGAUGUUGAAAUCAUUCAUUUACAAAAGAAGCUUAAGAAAAUGGAAAAUGAGUAUGAAACUUCAUGUCAGAAGUAUUGUGAUCUCAAUAUCGAAUAUGAUGCAAUAAAAACCCAACAAGAAAAAGACCGUAAACAGAUACGACAACUUCAGCUCGAUUUGAACGAUACUGUGGCUCGUUUUGAGAAAGAAUCCGCAGAGUAUCAGCUUCUUCUGGACACCAGCCGAACUGAGAAUGCUGAAUUGAAACAGUCAUUGGAAGAAAAAGCUCUUUGGAUUGAUGUUCUGGAGGAAAAAAGUCGGACUUGUUCUGAGAUGCAUGCACGUCUGAAUGCGCCCAGGUUUCCUUGCGAAAACGAAAGCAUUGGGUACAGUCUACUGUCCAUUGAGACCGAAAAGUUGCAUUGUGAUUUGGAAUCUUAUCGCAGAGAUUUGAUCCGCCAAUCCAUUCAAUUUAACUCAGAAAAAAGUAUUUUUCAACAACGCACUGCUGCUCUUGAGGACGACAAACGGAAUCUCCAUCGCCAAAUUGAAGAAGCUAACCUAAAAAAUCAGUCUCUUCAAGUUAAAUUGGAUCAGACCGAGAAAAGCUUAAAACAAAUAAUGCGUAAUUGUGAAUCUUUUAGCAAAGAGAGGGAAGAACUUCAUCACUCGCUAGAUGAGCUUAAGUCAAAAUUUGACAAUGAGAUGACCCACGCUCAACAGCAAUUUGACAUCCACACCCAAAAAUCUUUGGAAUUCGUUCUUUACAUUGAUGAACUGAAUCAACAACUCAAAGAAACUCAAUCUGCAAAGAAGGCUUUGGAGCAGUACAUCCAUGAAGUGAAUGAACAAAAAUUGGGACUAGGCCAGUCAAUGACAGCUUUGGAACAGAGGGGUAGUGCAGCGUGUAAUGUAGGAACAUUAGCUGAUGCCAUGAUUGACGCUCGACGUCGUUCAAUGCGUCCAACCCGCAGUGAAGUUGCGUCUACUAGCAAAGAGCGACAGGAAACCAUCGAAGUAUUCAGACCUCCUCAGUGGGCCUUCAGUGGUGACUCGGAGGACGUCAGUAGUAUUUUAAAAGUAUCUCCCAGUCGCCGCGACUCGACAAGCAGUGUCUGCAGCAAUCGUAGCGACAUUUGUAUUACAUCACGAGGUACGAACGUCCCACACGGAGCAGGUCGUCUCUUUACCUGUGACGAUGAAGACGGGGAGCUGUUCAGCAGUUCAUACUUGAACGAAAUGAAAGAAGGUAAAUGCCGAGUGGAAGACUCUAGCACUCGUGUCAGUGAGUUGCUUAGGCGCAACGCCAUGCAGCCGCCGCACAUGCGCUCAGCUUAUCCCAUCGAAAUGAACGAUGAACGCCUUCGUCAGAACGACAUGACCAUCUACGAUCAGCCCAAAGCCAACUCCAGCAGCUCUUGGAACCCCACAGACAAGAUGACGCCAGUCAUGCAGCCCAGAAAGCGACGAUCGUAUGAGUUAGAUGCAGAUCUGUCCUCUGAUUUCACAGGCGCAAGUAGUUUUCCUAGCUGUGUCGUGCGUAAGAGACAUCAAGAUGCCAGUCUUACUUUAGAAGCUAUACCAUCGAUUUCUUCCUCUCCAUCUAAAUCGACGUCUAAAGCAUCGAGUAAGGCGGUAUCCAAAGGAACGAGUCCUGUCCAUGGUGUCAAGAACUCGAACUUGACUCCAGUCGGUUUGUUGUUGAGAAAAGUUCAAGCGAAAUUCCGCAGAAAUAUUGAAACUUCUAUUGAAUUUUUAGCAGAACACACCUAGCUCUAUCCGUACAACACUACGGGAAUUGAAAUGAACUUAUUUAGGAAACCUCUUGGAACACUUUGGGGGCCUUAAUUAUUGAGAUGGAUUUUUACUUUUUUGCAUUUGUUUCAUUGCCUGCUUAUGUGAUGAAUUUGAUCAAUACUUUUGUAAAACAUGAUGUAUAAUAAUUUGUAAAGAAAUAUGAUAUAGACAUAAAAGAAAACUGA